GUUGAUGCUCAUAAUGUUGUUCCCUGCUGGGUGGCAUCACCUAAACUUGAGUACGGUGCCAGGACGAUCAGAGGAAAAAUCACAAAGCUUUUGCCAGAGUUCUUCACAGACUUUCCUCCAGUAGAGAAACACCCCCACACAGCUACGAGAACUGCCAAACCAGUAGACUGGGAUAAAACCCUGGCCUCCCUGCAGGUUGACCAAACAGUGGGAGUGCCAGAGUGGGCUAAGCCGGGCACCAAAGGAGGGAUGGCCAUGUUGGAGUCCUUUAUCGAUGUCCGCCUUAAACUGUUUGACACCAAACGCAACGACCCAAACGCUGUCGCCCUCAGCCAGCUGUCCCCCUGGAUCCGCUUCG